UCCAACUGCCCCGGAACCCACGGCGGCAGGCAGCUGGGGGUGGGGGGGGGCGGCCCUGGUGUAGGGGCUGUGGCGGUGCGCGUGGACCCGGUGCGGUGGCUGCGGUUGCUGCGGGGCUGACGAAUAACUAAGGAUUUAUAUCAGCACCUCUCAGCAGUAGUGGAAAAGAAGUUUUAACAGGAGCCAGAAUUUAUUACCAUGGCGGUAUGGAAUAACGGAAGGGAGCGUGGGCUCUAAAGCAAACCUACCCAGGUUUAAAUUCUCACGUUGCCGCUUAAGCUGUAGAAGCCUUGAGCAGGAAACUACUAAAGUUCCUGUGGACGCAAAGUAGAAUUUCAUAAGAACAUAAUGGAUGGAGAAGAGAAAACCUAUGGUGGCUGUGAGGGCCCUGACGCCAUGUAUGUCAAAUUGAUAUCUUCGGAUGGUCAUGAAUUUAUUGUAAAAAGAGAACAUGCUCUAACAUCAGGAACAAUAAAAGCCAUGUUGAGUGGCCCAGGUCAAUUUGCUGAGAACGAAACGAAUGAAGUCAAUUUUAGAGAGAUCCCUUCACAUGUGCUGUCAAAAGUAUGCAUGUAUUUUACCUACAAGGUUCGCUACACUAACAGCUCCACGGAGAUUCCUGAAUUUCCAAUUGCACCUGAAAUUGCACUGGAACUGCUGAUGGCUGCAAACUUCCUAGAUUGUUAAAUAAAAUAAAUUAUAAUAAACUGUUAACUUUUUUCAGUAUUUAAUACCUGUAGUUCAGUUAGUAAUUUUUUCAUAUAUAGCAUGUUGCCUGUGUGCAAUUGAACUUUAAAGUUCAUUGCAAAGCAGAUUAUCUUCUGUUCUUUUGCAUAGCAAUCAGAGUUGAAAUUUGUUUGCUACAUCAACAAAUUAAGGACAUUUUCACAAAUUGAGAAAUAAACAAAUAUGCCAAUUCUUAGGUGGUUUUGCCUUAUCCUUUGGAUGUGAUUUUUAAAGUUAGAGCAGUGGUGAUAUAGUAAAUGCUGAAAUUUAGGCAUAAAUUCAACACAUUCUACAGGUAAAUAAUGGGGCUACAUAUUUUUAUGUUUUUAGUGUUUUUUUAAAAACCUAUUCUGAUCUUAGAGCUGUCAUUAGCAUUACUAGAGUUAUGCAGUUGCAUAUAAUUGCAUUAUAAACAUGUUUAUAACUUAGCCAAAAUAUUGAUUUUUAUAACUGUCAAAGACAUGAGAGUUGAAAUUUCUUAUGUGUCUUUUGAUAAACUGCAGUAUUGUUUAAGUGUA